AUGCGUUCUGCUCUUCUCACCCUUUUGUGCUGCUCUGUUGUCACUGCGCUCACUGGAAAAGAAGCUCUAGCAAAGUGGGGUGGACCUCGAGGUGGAGGGAUUUCCCACGGGGGUAAUAAUAUUGGCAAUGGAGAUGGCGGUGGGAUUACCAUUGAUACUGGGGGUGGUGAUAUUGGAGACAUUGGGGUUGGGGUUGGGGAUGGAGGGGGUGGGGGUGGUUGCGACCCGGCCGCUUGUGACUCCAAGUGUCGGAGAUUAGGCGAUCAAUCGGGCUACUGCGACAACGGUAGCGAGUCUCCCAGUUUACUUGGACUUGUUCUUGGGCAAACUACGCCGUUAGUCUCUUUCUCGAUCAUCCUUGGAUUGCAGAGCCGCCUAAAAGCUGAUAUGAAAUAG